AAUAUAUUUCCAAUGGCCUCCCAUUUUCUUAUACUAGGAAUCAUGGCUCUAGCUUUUUCCGUUGCUUUGGCAUCUGAUCAUAGUCCUCUUCAAGAUUUCUGUGUUGGAGACAAGAAUAGUCCAGUGCUGGUGAAUGGCAUGGUUUGCAAGGACCCCAAGCUUGUACAAGCCAACGAUUUCUUCUUCAGUGGGCUUCACAUGGCAGGCAACACGUCGAAUGCAGUUGGAUCAAAGGUGACUCCAGUAAAUGUAGCUCAGAUAGCAGGACUCAACACCCUUGGCAUCUCCCUUGCGCGUAUAGACUUUGCACCAUUUGGCGUCAACCCUCCCCACACACAUCCUCGUGCCAGUGAAAUCUUGACAGUCCUUGAAGGCAGCCUCCAUGUAGGGUUCGUCACUUCCAACCCGGAAAACAGACUCAUCAGUAAGCUACUUCACAAGGGUGAUGUGUUUGUUUUCCCAGAAGGUCUUGUCCACUUCCAGAAAAACAUUGGCUAUGGUAAUGCAGUUGCUCUUGCAGCUCUCAGCAGCCAAAAUCCUGGUGUUAUCACCAUUGCCAAUGCUGUCUUUGGAUCAAAACCAGACAUUUCCAGUGAUAUUCUAGCAAAGGCUUUCCAACUAGACAAGAACACAAUCUAUCAGAUACAAUCGAAAUUCUAG